CUUCUGCCCCACACAUGUAUCAUUCAAAAGGCUCCACUUGGAGUUACAGGUGUUUGUUUUUAUGGGUUUGGUAAAUUAACGUGAGUAACGCAUUAUUAACAGGAGAAACCCUCUUGAGAAUCUGCUUGAGAAUCUUGCUAAUCUGUGGCUUUCGGAAAUGGUCGUGGUGAGAUCUUAGUUUCAGAGUAAGGGUCUGUUAAGAGAAAAAAAAUAAAAAAUAAAAAAAUAAAUAAAUAAAACCUAUAGUUUGCCCUACAAGACAGAAGUUAAAUGCGCAUCAAAGGUCGCCAUGGUCAUGAAUAAAGUUAAACUUAGGACAAUGUAAGAGGAAUGUUCCUGGAAUUUAAGGAAAUGUGGAUCUAAUAAAAUUGGUUUAUGUAACCUUGCAAGGGCCAGCUGGAGGGUCGCUGUGGCCAUAAACAAGAACGAGGAAUUGUAUUUUCAGCGCUAGGAGAGUAUUCUGCGACUUGAUUUCACCACGUAUUCAGAAAAGCUUUGCUGUCACGACUCUCCUCUUUCAGGAUUGACCACGUAUUCAGAAAAGCUUUGCUGUCACUGCCAUCACCACGACUCUUUCAGAACUGACCACGUAUUCAGAAAAGCUUUGCUGUCACUGCACUCACCACUACUCUUAAUUUUCAGUGGCUGCGCAGAUGAUACCGUGUGCUCAAGACUAUCUUGUUAAUGACAUAGAAUUCUUAAUAUAUCUCUAACGAUAAAAAAAAUAAAUAAAUAAUAAAUAAUCCUUUAGCCCUGCCUGCAGCAUUUUGAGAGUAGUGGAAGUGCAGGCAGGAGUAUUUAAACAUGGCAAGACCACGAAGAGGGACGGGGGGCGGGGCGUGAACAGCUGAGCGGCAGACGGCAGAAGGGUGGGAGUGUGGUGGUGUGUGUCGGUGCAUCAAGUCACUUGCAUUAUCUUGCCAGCAGGGAGGGGAAGCUGGUGUGGCUGUGAGGUGCUAGUGCAAGGUGUGUGUGUCAGGAGUGUGCUGUGCUGAGGUGUGGUUGGUGAGGCAUGGACACCACUGCACCACUCUCCCCACCAGCAGACACUGUAAUCCCGCUCUCCCCUACAGAGGACAAGGCCUUCCAGAAUGGGGAUGGCCAGACAUGCAACACAACAGAGGAGACCUGCACCAUCAAUACCAUGGAACUGUGCAGCGUUGAGGACCAAGGCCCUGAGGAGAAGGAAGGCACAUGCAGGGCCCGCUGCUCCAUCUGCUUCCACCCCUGCAUGCGGAGCCGCCACCCAUUGCUCUCCAACCCCACACAUCUGCAGAGAUUUAAAUAUGCCCUCCUCUGCCCCCCCCAUGGCAGAGUUGGGAAGUGGCUGACAGGCCUACUGAUCCUGUGCCUGGUGUUUGGCUCGCUGGUGUCGCUGCUGGGGGACACAGCGCUUCCUGGUGGGAACAUCUUCUCUCUCUUCAUCCUGUUCCUGACAGCAGAGGCAGCAGGGCGGGCAGUUGAGCCCCUCAGGCUGCCUCCGCUGCUGGGCAUGCUGGUGGUGGGCAUCCUGCUCAAGAGUGUGCCUGGCAUUAACCACGUCGGCAGAAGCAUUGACCAGGAGUGGUCAGCAGCACUGCGCAACCUUGCCUUGGUGAUCAUCUUGCUGCGGGCAGGUCUUGGCUUGGACCCAGCAGCCUUGAGACAGCUGAGUCUGAUGGUGGUGCGUCUGGCCUUCUCCCCGUGUGUGGUGGAGACGCUGGUGGUGGCUGUGGUGACACACCUUCUCCUGGGCUUCCCCUGGCUCUGGGGACUCAUGUUGGGCUUUGUCCUGGGAGCUGUCACACCUGCUGUCAUCGUGCCGUGCAUGUUGGUGUUGUCACAGAAGGGCUAUGGUGUGGACAAGGGCAUCCCCACGCUGGUCAUUGCUGCCUCCAGUGUGGAUGACGUGCUGGCCAUAUCCGGCUUUGGUGUCCUCAUGGGGAUCACUUUUGCUGAAGGCGAGCUAUGGAUGGUCAUCCUGAAGGGGCCCUUUGAGGUGGUGGUGGGGCUGAUCUACGGUGUGGUGCUGGGUGUGCUGUGCUGGGUGCUGCCUGUCCCCUCACAGCACAAUGCCCCACUGCUCAGGUUCGUGGUGCUGCUCACUGCUGGGGUCGUGUCACUCUUUGGAAGUCCUCUGAUACACCUGGGAGGCUCAGGUGCUCUAGGCUGUCUGGUCAUGGCAUUUGUGGCCGGCUUUGGCUGGAGGAAGCAAGGCAUGACAGAGGAGAAUUAUGUGGACAAAAUGCUAGAGCACAUGUGGACAUUUUUCCAGCCCUUCCUCUUUGCCUUGAUUGGGGCAGAAAUUCAGGUGGACAAGCUUGAGGGAAGCACCAUUGGCUAUGGCUUGUUGACGUUGUUUGUUGGCUUGGUGUUCCGCAUGGUGACCUCCUUCCUGGUGGUGAUGGGCGGGGAACUCAACAUGAAGGAGAGGCUGUUUGUGGCCUUCGCCUGGCUACCCAAGGCCACGGUGCAGGCUGCCAUCGGGUCCCAGGCACUGGACUAUGCCAGGAAGACCAACGCAGGGCCUGAGGAGGAGAGACUUGGGGAGCAGGUGCUGACCAUUGCUGUGCUGAGCAUCCUGCUGACAGCACCAGUGGGAGCUGCUGCCAUCAUGCUGACAGCCCCGCGUCUCCUCAGCAAAUCCACCCAGGCCAAGGAGGAGGCAGGUGAGGCAGCAAAGGAACUCCCUGAGUGAUGCCAGACAUAGGCCAGCAGGAACAAGAAGUGUUGCUAAGGACAAGGAUUUGUAUACCUCAGGUGUGGUGUGUGUGUGUGUCUAGAUGUGUGGGUGCGGAUAUAUGAAGUUUUGAGAGUGGUAAUGUGUGUGGUUGUGUGAAUGGAUCUGGGAAAA